UGGCACCACGUGAGGCGCGGCCAUAAGCCCAGCGCAGUUUCAGAGCACCAGCCGCUGGACGCCCUCGGCCUGCACCCAGCCCAGCCGUGAUGGGGACUGCUCAGGUUUUGCCCGGCAUUUUGCAGAAGCAUUGCUGUAUCUUACCAGACAGGAAUACAGAGUCCCAGUGCACCCUCUGCGGGGAGCCGGAAGAGGAAGAGGGCGGGGACCUGGUCCAGCCCGGCAUCAGCUUUCCGGGGCCAGCAGAGGAGGAUCUAGACCAGCAGUACUCAUGGUCCCCGACACAGCACUUCAACGAAGGAAGAUACUCCCCCGCUCCUAGGAACAUGAAGGGGCUACCCGGGGGCCGGACUCAGGCGCAGCUGUGUUCAGGCCACACGUGUGGCUUGGCGGCCCCCGAAGACUGCGAGCACGAGCACCUGCACCAUGGGCAGGAGGCGAGGCAGUCCUACCUGCUCAGCCCCGUGGAGAGCUGCCCCAUGGACCACCGCCGCUGCUCCCCCGGGAGCUCCGUCCACUCCGAGUGCAUGAUGAUGCCCAUGGUGCUGGGCGAGCACAUGUCCAGCAGCACCUUCCCCAGGAUGCACUACAGCUCCCACUAUGACACGAGAGACGACUGUGCCGCGUCCCACACCAGCACCAGGGCCAACCGCAUCCCCGCCAACCUUCUGGACCAGUUUGAGAAGCAGCUUCCUCUGCAUCGGGACGGUUUCCACACACUGCAGUACCAGAGGACCUCCACGGCCUCAGAGCAGCGCAACGAGAGCCCGGGGAGGAUCCGGCACCUCGUGCACUCCGUCCAGAAGCUCUUCACCAAGUCCCACUCCCUGGAGGGCGCUUCCAAGGGCAGCGUCAACGGCACCAAGGGCGACAGCCGGCUGGAGGACCACCACCACGGCCACCCCCCCAAGCACAGCAAACGGAGUAAAAGCAAGGAGCGGAAGCCUGAGGGCAAGCACAGGUCGGGCGCGAGCAGCUGGUGGAGCUCCGACGACAACCUGGACAGCGACAGCACCUGCCGCACGUCCAGUGUGGCCAACAGGCACCACAUGGACCACGUCUCCCACUGCUACCCCGAGGUGCUCCCGGGCCCCUUCGGGGAUCUGUCCCUGAAGACGUCCAAGAGUAACAGUGACGUCAAGUGCUCGGCCUGUGAGGGCUUGACCAUGACGCCCGACACCAAGUACAUGAAACGGAGCUCCUGGUCCACGCUGACCGUGAGCCAGGCGAAGGAGGCCUACCGCAAGAGCUCCCUGAACUUAGAUAAGCCCCUGGUCCACCAGGAGGUCAAGCCGUCCCUGAGGCCAUGCCACUACCUGCAGGUGCCUCAAGACGAGUGGGCAGGGUACCCCACGGGUGCCAAGGACGAGGAGAUCCCCUGCAGGAGAAUGCGAAGCGGGAGCUACAUCAAAGCCAUGGGCGACGAGGAGAGCGCAGAGUCUGACUCCAGCCCCAAGAUGUCCCCAACGGCGGCCAUGCGGCCGGAGCCCCUGCUCAAGCCCAUCGGACCCAGGCCACUGGCAGACCUCCAAACCCAGAGCUACCCGCAAGCUGCAAGCGACGUGCCUGCCAGCCACAGCCUGGACCCCUCGGCCAGCUACAACUCCCCGAAAUUCCGCUCCCGGAACCAGAGCUACAUGAGAGCUGUCAGCACCCUGAGUCAGGCCAGCUGUGUGAGCCAGAUGAGCGAGGCAGAGAUGAACGGGCAGUUCGAGUCAGUGUGUGAGUCCGUCUUUAGCGAAGUCGAAUCCCAGGCCAUGGACGCCCUGGACCUCCCCGGAUGCUUCCGAACGAGGAGCCACAGUUACCUUCGAGCUAUCCAAGCCGGCUACUCCCAGGAUGACGAAUGUAUUCCGGUCAUGACGCCCUCCAACACCACCUCAACCAUCCGAUCCACAGCAGGUAAAGGCGCCCUUUCUGACCUUCCUAGCGAGGAACCCACAGGCGAGCGCGGGGUCCUCCUCCCAGAGGAGCGCACGCUCCUUCACCGCAGGUGA